AUGGGCUGCCAGAACUGGGCUAUGUUGGCGCUUGGCGACGUCGCUUCGCUGGAAGCGCAAGUUGCAGAGUUGAGCCCUAGAGCUCUAAAGCGCCGAGCAGCGGACAUAAAGAAACGACUAGAAGAUGGUAUUGGGUACUUGGGUGUUCAAGAUAAGGCGACCCCCCUGAAACGCUUCAUGAAGCUGUUGCCGACGUUAUAG